AUCUCUAAGUCAAUCUGAAAUUGCUUGCAACAUCAUUUAAAAAACAUUGUGAGCUGAUAGAUAUAAUUUAACUAAAUUGUGGGAUGGGCCCGCAAGGACUAACGCUCAGAGUAUAUCUUAUUAUUGAAACAAGAUUGAUUAACGAGAUGUCUAUAAUGAAAAACUUCUGACUAAAUAGUCCAUAGGCAUUGAUGACUAGGUGAGAUGGCCUGGCGAGAAACAGGAUAACUUUCCCCUUUACAGAUCGUGUUGGCCCUUUGCGGUUCUAAGAUCAUCACUAAUAAAAAACCGAUAACCAUGCGACAGGACAAAAAUAUGAAUCAUUUAGCACCGUAUCUUUCUAUUUGCAUUUCGGUGCGCUUUUAGCGAAAAAAAAAAAAAAUACCCAUACCAGAUGCUUAUGAGCUUAUUCAGCAGCCUAUCAGGAGUAUUCCGGAAUGUUUUGAAGGGUUAAUACAUUUUUAAAACACGUGGCAUACACUAAAAGCCAAGAUCACCGAUAAAGAGCAACCCAUGGAAAUCAACGAUAAAAGUAUUAUUAUCAUUUUUUCAUACUUGUGUAGAUUCUAUAUAAAAACAAAUCGUAGUGAGUUCCUUGUUGCGCAUCAUAAAGAUUUAAUUAAUGGACAGACAAGAAAAAGAGAAGCUACAAAGAUCGUUGGUUAGAAAAUUGAUUCACCUUGGCAAGAUGGUGAAGAUCAAAGGGAAAAAUCGACGACACCAUCGAAGAACGCGUGUCGGGCAUGGACCAUUGGUUAGAAGGAUCUUACUCAAUUCUGCGCAGAUGCUCGCUUCAUUAAGCACCACCUCACUGCAAACGUUAGUAGCAACUAGUGUUGACAGAAUAACUGUGAAUGUCGGAGGAACGAAAUAUGAACUUCCCACGAAACAUUUGGAGAAGUUCCCAGACACUCUCCUCGGCAGCGAACGAAAAAAGUUCUUCUACGAUGAGGAGAGAAUGGAGUAUUUCUUUGACCGUGAUCCCGUUAUAUUUAAGAACAUUGCUGAGUUUUAUCGCGAUGGCAAGUUUCACUUGCCCGCUCCAACAGCGGGCUGUAUGGAAGCCAUCUUGGAUGAGUUGGACUUUUUUGGCAUUCCUCAAUAUCUUGUAUCCGACUGUUGCUGUGAGCACAUUAUUCUGGGAGAUGAAGAACAAACAAAGAAAAAGAAACAGAUGGCGACUAUCGAAAAUAAACUCACCCACCGGUGGACUGCUCGACAAAAACUGUGGGAAUUUCUGACUAACAGUAAGAGUUCCAAAGAGUCGGCAGCGUUUGGCUAUCUGUUUGGAGCUGUCGUGCUCCUGAACAUCUCUGCUAUUGUAGCGGAAACAGUUCCGACAGACUCAGGGCCAAAUCAUGGCGAAGUACAUCAAAAAAUCUUCUUCGGAAUUGAUUCUUUUUGUGUUGGUAUUUUCACCAUCGAGUACAUGGCGCGAUUGUACUCUGCGCCACAAAGAUUAGACUUUGCGCGGGAAAUGUCGAAUGUGAUCGAUCUACUUGGAAUUCUUCCCUAUUAUAUCGCCGUAGUCGAGCGUGCAGUCAGGUCCAACAAUAAGAUAUUGGACUUCGUUGUCACAGUCUUUCGAAUGUUCAGAGUUUCUCGUGUCACGAAAUUGGCUAGGCACUCCGAACAGUUUCAAAAUUUGGUAAUGUCAGUCAGGAGCGCGGCUACGGAACUUGGAGGAAUUCUCUUCUCGUUUCUGGCUUUGAUGGUCACCUUCUCGACCAUUAUGUAUUUUUUUGAAAGCAAAGAAGAUGACACUAAGUUUAUCAGCAUUCCAGAAGCGUGCUGGUACACGUUGGUCACCAUGACAACACUUGGUUACGGUGAUAUUGUUCCCAAGACGGUGAAAGGGAAGCUUCUUGGAGCAGCCUGUUCUUUAAUGGGGGUGCUUCUUCUCUCUUUACCUGUGCCUAUUAUCGAGAGGAAGUUGCACGAAUACGCGAAAAAAUCGAAACCGCCGAAAGAUGAUACUAUAAGUAAACUAGCUGCAUCGCUACCUUCACAAGCAAGCCGGCUUGAUGCGAUCGAAGACAACGCUUGCUUGCAACACAGAGGUAGAGCUCAGAAGAAAGAUCGGCGAGUUCCACACGUGAAACCUCGAACAAUAUCUAUGGUCGUAGAAGUUGACAACUCUUCAACCAGUCUGGCUAUCACUGACAGCAACGGUAGUUCCGCUCAAAGUAGCACCGAGGGUCUUCUCGUCAUGAAGAAUAAAAUAACUGAUGUGCCAUUAAUUGAAGAGCCUGCAGGAUCUUCAGAGGUCAGUGGAAACGAAACAAACAUGAGACCUCCGCCUGAUGUGAAUGAGCCACGUGCACGAAAACACAGGAGUUGGCAUGGCAACGGGAAAGUUUCAGCUAAGGUGGGCCGUGGAAUUUUUACCGAGUCCCCGCCUUCUUCUCAAUAUUUUCCAGUUUGUCGCCAUUAUUCUUCCAGCAGUGAUGACGUUAUUGGUCAAAGAUCGCGAUCCGAGUCUUGUGUGGAUGACUGCAACGAGGAGAGCGAAAUUAUUCCAAUGAAGAGAUUGCACCGACAACGGUCGUUUGAACGAGAAGCAUUUGCAGAUGUAAGUCCUCGAAACUGCCACAGUGUCGGAGACUUAGACAUGAUCGAGGAGAUUUGAUGUUAAGCUGAUAUGAUAGACCAAGUGAACUAGUAAAAACUGACCCAACUUUGCAAGCUGUACUCGUUUCCGCUCUAGAUUUGGCACGGGGAUUUCAUACUGAUGAAGUAUGGUGUAGUUACCAUGCCAUGCGUAUUGGUAGUUACUUUCCCGAUUAUUUCGAACCAAGCAAUAAUCCAGAAAAGAUGCUUCUCAAAUUUGUUUAGAGCUGUGUCGACAAAGAGACUUUUUGACUGAAAUCUCAUCUUUGGCUCGAACGGAGGGAGAAAAAGAAAAGAGUGUACGAGCUAAGGGAUUUUGUACCUUGUAGCCUUUGAGCAGGCUAGGCUGCGCAGAGGGGAAUAGAACAGGGGGAAAAAGUUGUCGUGCGGAGCAAGCAGAACGCGGCGUGGGUACAGUUAUUCUGUAGCACAUAAGGAUGUAAAAGUUGACAACUUCUCACCUUUCUUGAAUCUUCUAGUUUCUAAACGACAGUAUUUCGUACCUGUCUCUUUUGAAUGAAAUAAAGACAAUUUUAUUUGCAAUGGGGCCAAAAAAAACCCUGCUCCAUUAGAUUCCAUUGCACGUUGACAGCAUUAUUUUGUAUUUGGCCUUUUCAACAAAUAAAAGGUAAGUUUAAGCAAACACGAGUGAAACAAACGGUGCAUUCGCCGUUCUUCAGGUGUGGUCCGGUACGAUUUGUGUCUCCCUACGUGACGUAACAACCGAGUCUCUCCGAGUCAACUGCAGAGACUGCAGAACUUUCGUCGUUUUCGUCGCUAUCUUUUUGUGAAUAUUGACGUUUGCUUGAAUUGAAGAAACCCACGAUUAACUCCAUGGGAAGACGUGUGGUAGGGUAAGGGUUUAAAAAAAUAAAUAGGAAAGAUCCAUUGUUCAUUUUAUCCGAGUCACAAAACUGAUUGGUAUACCACGUGCUUCGGAGCUACAGAAAUUCCCGAAAGAAAAUGGUGGCAAUCUAAAUGAAGUUUAAUAAGCUUUCCAUCACUACGUCUGGGACCAAAAAGGAGAGACACCGAUGAAAGUGGAAUUAUAUAUUUAUGCAGUACAAUAUAUAUGUGAACUGCUGACGUUCGUGUAAAUUAUGAACAUGUAAGUCUUUUGUUAACAAACAUGCUUAAAAUCAGCUACACAACCUUAAGCUGUUCAUAAAGAGAAGGGGUUUUUUUAUUAACCCAUUUCUAUUCAAAUUACUGAGAGUUAUGUAACGAUAGUCUCGUGACCUGGCGUGAAUUAUUCGUUAAGCCCACGUGCAUAGGAACUUGGAACUCUGUGUUGUGAACUUGUGUCAUGUUGUGUGGAUUAUAUAACUUGGAGAACUUUAUCUGAAUUGUAUUGUUGAGUCGUUUUGAACUACGUCCAUAACCAGCUUAACUUAACAAGUUGCACAGAGUUAGUAUAGUUUCCAGAGGUUACUAAAAUAAUAGCGCAUUCUGGUUGGUUGAAUAGCUCAGCCUAUGAAGCUAUAUUUACUGUGCUGGAUGGUGAAUUCUAAGCUUGCAGGUUACUAAGCUAUGUCAUGUUUGCAAUCCAGGCAAGUAAACAUAGCAGAUAAAUGGAUGAAAUUCUUUUAUUUGCAAGACAUCAUACCAAGACUGGGAUUUUCAAAGCAUGGGGAAUUUUAGAAAGGACUACCACCAACUUUAGACCAAAAAUGUUUUCAAGAACUAGCUAUAGUACUCAAGACAUUUAGGCAUCAUAAAUGCAGUGGUUUCGCAGAUCACUAGCCUUGACAAGUGACCCGGCAAUAUGUAUUUUUCUUCGCACUGGAGUUUAUCAGUUACUCAAUUUUAGAUGAUAAGUAAAACUUUGCAUGAAGGCAACAACACUGAAAGGUGCUGAAAUAAAGGUAUGGGAUGAAUUUAUUUUUCAUAGUGUUUCCUUUGAUGGUUAAUUUUACUGCUAAAUGUAUAUGUACAUUGAUUUUCAAUUGAUGUAAGUUAUUAUGAAAACUACAGCUCAUACGUGUAGAUAAACAAACAAUUUAUUUUCUUUACUAUUUAAUAUUUUUUUUGGUUCUUUCUUUUAACCUCUGAAAGUUAUACUAAAAGCGUUAUUAGACUCAAUGAACAUUGGUGAAUAUUUACCUCAACUUUGUCUCGGCCAUAGAUAUUCACCAAUGCCCACUUCACCUCCAGAGAAUGAUAAUGUUAAUUAAUUUCUAAUAAUAGUCAGUUAUAAUCCUUUGUCUCAAGAUUGUCUCAUGGUGAUUAGCUUAUGCUCCCUGGCAAUGAGUAGAAAUUCUACUAGUUUAUAAUCUCUCUGAACUAAGUUGUUAUCUAUGUCAAGAAUGCAUGACACAAUUGAUAAUUACUUGCGUUAUGCAUUCUGUCUGU